AUGUAUGGGAACUCGGGGGAGGCCGCCAGAGCGAGGAGGCAGCGGGUGCAGCGGCGGCGGCGGGAGCAGCAUGCAGCAGCCUGGCGCCCCUUCCACGUCCAGCCUCCUCGGGAGCAACAGCAGCAGCUGCAGCCGCCGCCGCGCCCAGGCCCAGCGCGCCGGGCCCAGGGGGGCAGACGAGGAGGCGGCGGCGGCAUGGGCGGCCCGCGGGGCUCCUGGGGGCUCUUGCUGGCGGCCGCCUGCCUGCUUGCCGGCGGCGCCCAGGGGCGGAAGGCGCUCCGCUGCCCGGCCACAUGCAGCUGCACCAAGGACUCCAUCAUCUGCGUGGGCUCGGCCAGCGUGCCCCGCCUCGUCCCCGGCGACAUCAGCUCCCUGAGCUUGGUAAAUGGAACCUUUUCCGAAAUCAGAGAAAGAAUGUUUUCUCAUCUGCCUUCCCUCCAGUUGCUACUGCUGAAUUCAAACUCAUUCGCCAUAAUCCGGGAUGAUGCCUUUGGAGGCCUUUUUCAUCUAGAGUACUUAUUUAUUGAAGGAAACAAAAUAGAAACCAUUUCAAGAAAUGCAUUUCGUGGCCUUCGAGAUUUGACCCACCUUUCUUUGGCCAACAAUCAGAUUAAAGCGCUGCCAAGGGACGUCUUUGGUGAUUUAGAUUCCCUGAUUGAACUAGAUUUAAGGGGAAAUAAAUUUGAAUGUGACUGCAAGGCCAAAUGGUUGUUUUUAUGGUUAAAGAUGACGAAUUCCACUGUUUCCGAUGUCAUGUGUGUUGGUCCGGCAGAAUUUCAGGACAAGAAGUUAAAUGAUGUCUCCAGUUUUGAUGAUGAGUGUACCACUACAGAUUUUGUAGUUCAUCAGGUUUUACCCUACCAGUCAGUCUCAGUGGACGCCUUCCAUUCAAAGAAUGAUGUCUAUGUAGCCAUCGCUCAGCCCAGCAUGGAAAAUUGUAUGGUGCUAGAAUGGGAUCACAUUGAGAAGAACUUCAGGAGCUACGAUAACAUUACUGGUCAGUCCAUAGUGGGAUGCAAAGCGAUCUUGAUCGACGACCAGGUCUUCGUGGUGGUGGCCCAGCUCUUCGGCGGCUCGCACAUUUAUAAGUACGACGACAGCUGGACCAGGUUUGUCAAAUUCCAGGACAUCGAGGUCUCCCGCAUUUCAAAGCCCAACGACAUUGAGCUCUUUCAGAUAGAGAGUGAGACAUUCUUCGUCAUCGCCGACAGCUCGAAAGCUGGUUUGACCACCAUCUACAAGUGGAACAACAAAGGGUUCUACUCUUAUCAGUCCCUGCACGAGUGGUUCCGGGACACGGACGCCGAGUUUGUCGACAUCGAUGGGAAAUCUCACCUGAUCCUGUCGAGCCGCUCGCAGAUCCCCAUCAUCCUUCAGUGGAACAAAAACUCCAAAAAGUUCCUCCCGCACAGCGAGAUCCCCAACAUGGAGGACGUUCUGGCCGCGAAGAGUUUCCGCAUCCAAGACGACCUCUACCUUUCGCUCACCAGGUUCAUCGGCGACUCGAGAGUCAUGAAGUGGAACGGCAAGCAGUUUGCGGAGAUCCAGGCUCUCCCGUCUCGGGGCGCCAUGACCCUGCAGCCGUUCUCCUUUAAGGAUAACCACUACCUGGCCUUAGGCAGUGACUACACCUUCUCCCAAAUCUUCCAGUGGGACAACGGAAAGAAGCUCUUUAAAAUAUUUAAGGAGAUCUACGUGCAGGCCCCCCGCUCCUUCACGGCCGUGUCCACGGACAGAAGAGAUUUUUUAUUUGCCUCCAGUUUUAAAGGCCACACGCAAAUAUUUGAACACAUCAUUGUGGACCUGAGUUUAUGAAGGCGCCGUGGGAGGGAGGAGGGAGGG